AUGCCGGCCAUCGACAACGAUGAGGUGGAGAGACGUAUUGCUGACGCCCUGCAAGAGGCCAAAGACGCUAGGCUGCGUUUGCCUGAAGCCCAGAACGAUGCCGCAAACCUGGAGGCCACCAGCAAGCUGAAACUAACCAAGUUCGACAAGCAAGUUGCUACCGUGCUUGACGUUGUUAGACCCCUUGAGUGGACCAUUGAGAACGGCCAACCCGUCGAAAGACGUAUCAGAGACAGAGAGGCUGUCACCGCGGCUUUACUCUACCGUCGAGGAGAGGAGGUUGAGCGAUGUGACAGGUGCCAGACCCUCGGCCCCCUUGCUAAAUGCAUCAUUUCGCCUAGCCUUGGUGGCCGAGCCCUGCACAGGGCGGCCUGUGCAAAUUGCAUAUUUUACCACCAAGGCACGUAUUGCCCCCACAGACUCAAGUUCGAGAAGUCAAAGGGUGAGAUGUGGACAGAGAGUGAUACACAACUUGUUCUUCCGAGCGGUGGCUUGCGACAGACACUUGCGCUGACUGGCGAAGACGGAUUCGAUUUUUUGCGCGUUAAUGAUGAAGAUUCAACCUCAAAGGCCCAGGAAUUGGGCGACUCAAGUGCUCCCAACAACUCAUCUGCAGCACAUCAAUCGGAUGAAUCUGCGCCCGCUGGCAUGACUCCGUCAUCUGAAGAGCAGGAUAACCUGCCAACGGGCGCCAGCAGCAACAGCAACAACUGGUCAAGUUGCGUGGCAGACGACAGUGGCAUGGUGAGCAUGUCGUCUGCCACGCAACUUGACCAGUUGUUGCUGUUGCCAUACCCCCCCGCCGACACCUUGGCAGGGGGGCCAAGCUAUCAGUUUCUCUCCUCGGAUGACAGCUAUAUCUUGCCACAGUCGUCCGCCACGCAGGCCGAAGAGGAGCUCUGCCCAUACCCUCCCGCCGGGGAUUGCUUUUUGGCUCAGGUACCCGAGCAGGUUGAGUACAGCAUCGAACACGAGCCCCAGAAGAACAAGCAGGAAUAA